AGCCGAGGCGGACGACAGCUUCCUGAACAGUUUCUCAGGCACCUGACAGAAGCCCCAACACUUUGAGGCGGAAUAGAGUGGAAGGGGCAGUGGCGAUGCUGGCCAUCCCCCCUGCUCGGCGCGGUUGGGUGGCGCCUCAGCGGGAGAGCUUGGGGGCGGGGAGGGUGUCCCCCCUCCGCGCCGUUAAAAUGAAACUCUAGUGGCUUGAGUCAGGGCAGAGCGUGAGGGGAGCCGGCGCUGGCGAGCUUACUUGCAGCCGGGCGGGAGCGCACGGCCAAGCAGAGCUAACUGGACUCUCGGACGGGCCCCCAUCCCCAGGCUGCAGCAGCUUCGGUUCCGAGCCCGACCGGAACGGAGCCCGAGUCCUGGCCCCUGAGGGGAUUUCUCCCCGCAGACCAGUGGGACCCUGAAACUUGAACGCAAUACCCAACCUCCUUUUUAUGCCUUCCUUUGUCACUUAUCCACCUUUCUCCCAGCGCGUUCUUUCCCCCGCCCCCCCUCUAUUCUCCCUCUUUUGAAGGACACAAAAGUGGCUUCCGCGGAAAAAUUUGAAGGCGGUGGGAGCUUUUCUCUUUGGAGAACGACUGUGUAGGAGGGAUUUUUGGGGAAGCCGCUUUUUAACACUUCUGCCCUCCGCCCCCCAAGCCUUUCUGUACCCCUUCGAGGAGAAAAGCCCGUAGAUUGAACGUUCGGGGGGCAUUUUGCUGGCUGCCAGAGCAGGAGAGGGGAGGAGGACCCCGUCCUUGUCCUGGUAGUUGACUGGACUUGUACCGGCCGUUGGAAACCCCGAAGUACAUUUCCGAGUGGGACUUUUACAGAUAUAUAUUUUUAGAUUUUUAAAUAGCAGAUAAAAAAUAUAUAUGCUUUCUAUAUAUUUCCUGACGACCUGCCCCUGACAGCGCGAUGUACAAUACGGUGUGGAGUAUGGACCGCGAUGACGCAGACUGGAGGGAGGUGAUGAUGCCCUAUUCGACAGAACUGAUAUUUUAUAUUGAAAUGGAUCCUCCAGCUCUUCCACCAAAGCCACCGAAGCCAAUGACUUCAGCCAUUACAAAUGGAAUGAAGGACGGUUCUGUUUCUCUUCAGGAUGCAGAAUGGUACUGGGGAGAUAUUUCAAGGGAGGAGGUAAAUGACAAAUUACGGGACAUGCCAGAUGGUACCUUCUUGGUCAGAGAUGCCUCAACAAAAAUGCAGGGAGAUUACACUUUGACUUUGCGGAAGGGAGGCAAUAAUAAGCUAAUAAAGAUCUAUCAUCGAGAUGGUAAAUAUGGCUUUUCUGAUCCUCUGACAUUUAAUUCUGUGGUGGAGCUCAUUAGCCACUAUCAUCAUGAAUCUCUUGCUCAGUACAAUCCCAAACUUGAUGUGAAGCUGAUGUACCCAGUGUCCAGAUACCAACAGGAUCAGUUGGUAAAAGAAGAUAACAUUGAUGCAGUAGGUAAAAAACUGCAAGAGUAUCACUCUCAGUAUCAGGAAAAGAGUAAAGAGUAUGACAGGCUAUAUGAAGAAUAUACCAGAACAUCCCAGGAAAUACAGAUGAAGAGGACUGCAAUUGAAGCUUUUAAUGAAACAAUUAAAAUAUUUGAAGAGCAGUGUCAUACACAAGAGCAACAUAGCAAAGAAUAUAUUGAGCGAUUUCGGAAAGAAGGGAAUGAAAAGGAAAUUGAACGAAUUAUGAUGAACUAUGACAAAUUGAAAUCACGUCUGGGUGAGAUUCAUGAUAGCAAAAUGCGUCUAGAGCAGGAUUUGAAGAAACAAGCUUUGGACAACCGGGAAAUAGAUAAAAAAAUGAACAGUAUCAAACCUGACCUGAUCCAGCUGCGCAAGAUCCGAGAUCAGCACCUUGUGUGGCUCAAUCACAAAGGAGUAAGACAGAAGCGCCUAAAUGCCUGGCUGGGAAUCAAGAAUGAGGAUGCUGCUGAGACCUAUUUUAUCAAUGAGGAAGAUGAAAACCUGCCCCAUUAUGAUGAGAAAACCUGGUUUGUUGAGGAUAUCAAUCGAGUACAAGCAGAGGACUUGCUUUAUGGGAAACCUGAUGGUGCAUUCUUAAUUCGUGAGAGUAGCAAGAAAGGAUGUUAUGCUUGCUCUGUGGUUGCUGAUGGGGAAGUGAAGCACUGCGUGAUCUACAGCACUGCUCGGGGUUAUGGCUUUGCAGAGCCCUACAACCUGUACAGCUCACUGAAGGAGCUGGUGCUCCAUUACCAGCAGACAUCCCUCGUCCAGCACAAUGACUCCCUCAACGUCAGGCUUGCCUACCCUGUCCACGCACAGAUGCCCUCGCUCUGCAGAUAAAGAGGGAGUGGGAAGAGCGGUGGCUCUCUAGCAUUUUUUCUACAGUUUUUAUUAGACUAUGAGGGCAUUCUUUCUACGUAGACUGCUUGUUUUGCACAAGAAGUGAUUCUGUGAAUGUGAAGUGGAGAGGCCGAGCAGCAGCCGGCCAGAAUGGGGGCAUAUGGGGCCUGGGGUUCUCUGGGACUCACUGCUGCACUGACAUAGGAAGCUGGGAGCAGAUGCUGUUUUUUGGAAAGUCUGUUUCCUUGGGGUUUUUGUUUUAUUUAGCCAGGCACCCUCAACAGAACACAUUAGGCCUGAUGGGGGUGAGGGUUAUAUCUGGAAGCCUCUGGGGAGUCCAUGUCCUCUUCUGAGAGGCCAUGUCGCUCUGAGAGUGUGGUGGGGCAUGGCCCUUCUCUCUUCCUCCCAACAAGGCGGUGGUUUUGGUUCAGUGGUAGAAUGGCAUUUGGUGAAAAAGACAACCAAAGGAAAAUGGGGAGGCUUGGGAUUUCAUUUAAAGAAUCUUAAUCCAUGGGUAAAAACUUUCAACCGAAGGUACUUAACCAACAUCGUUUAGGCGUCAGCAUCUCAGUAGCUCCUCCCUUUAAAGAAGCAUUAUGUUUAGAAACCAAAUUGAUCCCAGCAAAACGAUUGUUGCCAGACUAAGGUCUGAUGGAAGAAGGCGGCACUAGUAUCUGAAUGCACACUUCUGUACCAAAACUUGAAAGUAAAACUAGAGAAUUUGUUAGUUUUAGCAAACACUAAAAUUGGUCAGUGUAACUCCUUUUGCCCUGCCCUUGUUUCUCUGAGAUGAGGAAUAGUGUUCUUUUUGUGGGCUGGUGAGCUUUGAAUCAUAAAAUGAAGUUGGUACUUGUGUGGUGUUUCCUUAGCCUAAAGAAUGAUCUGUUGUUUGAAACCUUUGUAACUUGUGUGUAUGAGUAAAGAAAAGGUGCAAUCCAGUGCUUUUAGAUGGCUUGAUAUACCAAAUAAUGAUGUAGAACAACAUUCUUAUAUGUGCUUCCCCAAGUUUAAAUGCCCAGCAGAAAUAGUCAGCAUGGUUUAAUUUCCCGUCAUCUCCUGUCGUUUGCUGGGUAGGGCCCAGGGGAGCCAUAGGUGGCUAAGGCUGUAGCUGGAAGGGAGCCAGAUUGCGGUCAGGGACUUCAAUAAAUCACAGGCCCAAGGGCUCUGGUUUCCAGGGCGAGGGUCAUACCACAUUACCCAUGUGCUUCCAUACAGUGGUUUCUGAAACUUUUGCAAGGAGAGGAAGGGAUGGCUUGGAGUUUAGACUGUUAGCCGAAGCCAUCUGGAAGCUUUUUUCUUUGCCUUUUUUGUGAUCCUGCCAUUAAGAUGAUGUGCACAGACUGUCCUCAUGCUCCAGUGGCCCUGAUUUUAGGCCAGGAAUCCUCUGCUUCAUGUGGUUUAAGCCUUCCAGCUGAGUGAAGCUGGGCAAAUGGAGCUGGAGGCAGCCCCUACUCCUACCUCCAUUAUGCUCCACCCUCCUCAGUCAACACUCGUUUGACAGAUAGAGUCCAGCUGCCUCUGAGCCAAUCCUAGAGCCAUAAUAGGCUCGAGUGAGUCAGCUGUUUGAACCCAAAGCUGUGCAGUCAGGCAUCCUGGCUGAGCUACAGAAGUCAAUAUCUGAGUCUUGGUGAAUAAAUAAGGUUUACACCUAGGGAAACUCCAGUUUUUGGGAUGAAAGAAACAAAUUUUGCUUUCCCUGAGCACUUAUCUUGGUGACAGGAUCUAGAAUGGACCAUGACAUAGAAAUAGACGUAGAUUAACAAUUUGGGGGAGAACCUCCAGAGUUACUAACAGUGAAGAUAGAAAGAAAAGGGGCAUAUCUUUGGCUUUUCCUUGGUUACGUUGCAGUCUCAGGAUUGGGUGAGGCAGACAAAUGAAACCCCCUCCAAGUGUCACUGUUCUGACCUAAGCCCUUAACUAGUUGAUAGCCCACUGGAAUCCCUUCCCCAUAUUGCCAGAUUGUUGAACCUGCUUAAGCAGCUAGAUGCUCAAGAUUGGGUGCAAGGAAUCCCUUCUUUCUGGUACUAAAAUUUAGUGUGUCCUGGAUAUCUCUUAAAAUAAACGAAAAGGAGAAUGAGGAUGAACCAUGUGUUGCUCCUUAUCAGGCAGCAUUAAGGGUGUGCAGGGAGAGCGCAAGCGCCAUCUACCAUUUACACUUGGGCUGGCUAGUGGAGAAGGGCUACUCAUUUUUAAGUCAUACAUUCCUUCACUUUUUCUUCCCUGUUUUUCAUUACUGAAUUUGUUGCUUUGUGGGAACUAAGACCUAGGGAUCAUUUGAGAAGUUGGAAAGUAUCUUUUCUGAGUAGUUGCCAUGUGAUUUGCUUGAUCUUGACCAGUGGAAAUGGCAUAGGGACCAGUCUGCUAACCACUUGGAGGGGUAGUAUGCAGCUCUUUUACUCCAUGGUCUUGGCAGCAGGUCUUGGCCUCCUUCAUCAGAACCUAGCUCUGUGUGUUAUCCCAUGAUCUGGGCCCUGGGAUUCUCUCUUGGCAUCUUAACUGCAGCCUCAGUGAGGCAGAGGGUAAAGAGACAGACCGAGACCAGAGGGGCUCAUUGUUUUCCAGGCUAGAGAAGCUGGCCACCAACACGGAAGCAGCUUGGGGCUGGCUGGACACCGGUCAGAGGCCUAUCUUUUCCAGGUUGAGCUUUCAUCACAGAACAAUGCUCUGUCUCCAUCUGGCCAUAGAUGCUAACUAAGCCUUGGCCAUGCCUCAGGCCUGUAUAGGCUAGUGGUGUCCUUACCACUGAUUUGGUCAAGUUUGAGGACUUCUGAUUACAGCCCCUACUCUGUCUCCAAGCCUCGAUGGAAUCCCCGCUUAUUUUGGACCCUCAAGUGCUUUGCAGAAGCUCUGAGAGCCAAUGUGGUGUCUUCCACCGGUCUCCUCUUGCAGCAAGGAACCAGCCUCAUGGGUCCUCUUGGGCCAAGAAUUGCAUCUGGGCAAUUACUGGUUAUUCAAGGUGGUCUCUUGCCAGUUAAGACUCCUUAGUAGAUCUGUGUGAGGCUUCAGUGGCCUCAAAGCAGAGGGUCCAGAUGGGGGCCUGGCUGGGCCCUCUGCUGUCAACUGCUCAGCCUUGCUCUAGCUCCAGCCACUUGUGACAGACAACCUUGUUUCCUUACAAAUUCCAGCAUGUGACUUUGGUGCCCUGUUGUUACUCGUGAAAACCUAUUCUUCUGUUGUCUUUGGUGUAGUCAAAAAAAUUCAUGUAGUUACGUAAAAAUAUCGGAUUUACAAGGAAGCCAACUGUAUGUCUUGUGUUGGGACAAUUCAUAAUGUAGUUCCUAGACCACUUUUGCAAAUUGUUCUUGUCACCAGGUGUGUUCAGACAUUGCUGUGCAGUUGUGGGGGAGGGUGGGGGGAAGGUGAGGGGAGAUACUUUUUGGUCUUUUUGUUUUUUACCUUCCCCAAGUGGGGACAG